AUGCAACCCGCAGGAAGCUCUCUCAACCCCACGUUCCGUUCAUCCUUGGCUCCCACACCAGCUGCUCGCCAGGCAUCAGCCCUUCUCACGGCUUCUUCCUACCUGGACAUGCAUUUGUCACCACCUUCAUCUCACAAGCUGGUUGACAGCUCCAUCACGAUGUCUGGCAAAGCCUACAAAAUCGCCGUGAUUCCCGGUGACGGUAUCGGCCAGGAAGUCAUGCCAUGUGGCCUUUCCGCCCUCACCGCCGCCUCUAAACGCUUCGGCUUCCACCUCGAUAUCACUACCUUCGACUUUGCAUCGUGCGACUACUUUGACGCUCACGGCAAAAUGAUGCCGGAUAACUGGAUUGAACUUCUCACACCUUUCGAUGCUAUCUACUUUGGUGCUGUUGGCGAUCCCGCUCGUCACCCGGAUCACAUCACACUCUGGGGCUCACUCCUACAGAUGAGACGACACUUUGACCAGUACGUCAACUUGAGGCCGUGCAGGCUGGUCAAGGGCGUUCCCAGCCCAUUGGCUGAUCCCGGAGAGAUCGAUUUCUGGAUCGUUCGAGAGAACACUGAGGGAGAAUACUCCGAGGUGGGAGGAAAGAUCUUCGAAGGCACCGAGAGAGAGACUGUUGUUCAGGAGACUAUCAUGACUCGUAUCGGAGUGGACAGAAUCCUCAAAUACGCUUUUGACCUGGCGAAUACAACCAAUAGGAAAAAGCUUACAAGCGCAACAAAGAGUAAUGGGAUCAAGAUCACCAUGCCUUACUGGGAUUCUCGCUUCAAACUCAUGGCAAAGGACUAUCCUGAGGUCAAGACGGAGCAGUUCCACAUAGAUAUUCUGUCGGCGCACUUCGUUCAAAAGCCUAGCCACUUUGAUGUUGUUGUGGGAUCGAACUUGCACGGUGAUAUCUUGUCGGAUUUGGGACCAGCAGUGGCAGGUACGAUUGGUAUCGCACCAUCAGGCAACAUUAACCCGGAAGGAAAAUUCCCAAGUCUGUUCGAACCUGUGCAUGGGUCAGCACCUGAUAUUAUGGGUAAAGGGAUUGCGAACCCGGUCGGAAUGAUUUGGGCUGGUCAGAUGAUGUUGUCGCAUUUAGGGGAGAAAGAGGCUGCAAAGGCGAUGUUAAGGGCCAUCGAUGCUGUGCUGGGACAGGGAGGCGUGGAGGUGCUGACGCCGGACAUGAAGGGGAAGGGAACGACAAAGAAGUUGGGCGACGCUAUUGCUGAGGCCGUUGCAAGGAUGUAG